AUCAGCUGUUUGUGGUCUAUCGAUAAUUUUGCUUGCGGUAUAUCGCUGUAGUAAUAAGGGCAUAUCAGUGAAAGAUUAAACUAUUUUGUUAAUAGUUUCCAUUAUUUCCAUUAAGUAAAAAUUUAAACAAUACGUCUAUUCUGAAAUAAUAAGCUUCGCCGUGUAGCAGGCGACGAAUUUCGAUCAAAUUCUGAGUCUCGUCCGUGUGCUUGUCUUAUUAGCUUUCGUUCUCUCGGUAGAAAAAUUUGUAGAAAAUAUCACACACGGGAAAAAACAAAAACAUGAACAUAUUUUUGUAGAAUAUUUAAUACGCGAGCAAGACACAGCGUACACGUAUAUUUUGUGGUUUCGCAUGUUGUUCGUCGGUGUUUUUGUGCAAUUAUUUGAAAGAUUUGGCCAAACGCGAAACGCAACGGAAAGCGGAAAAUACAAUAAGACAAUAACAAAUUCGCAGCGCGUGUGUCGUUGAAUGUCGGUGGUUGUGUGCGUGUGUGCUGCUGCCAAAAGAACGCGGAUAUAAACAAAUUUGGAUUUGGAUCGUUGGAGCUGUUUUGUUAUUGGCAUCUAGGGCAGCAGCGGAACUGAGGCGCAGCGGAGCCGCCCAAGUGCAGCUGUAGAAAGUGUUGGUGCGGGCACCAUGGACUCGCUCAAGUUACCAAAGGCCAACAGUGCCACCAGCAGUGCCAGUGGCAGCAACAGCAACCUGUCCGGCUCGACUUCUGCGUCCGCAUCCGCAGCCACAUCGCCCACAUCGUCGGGAACUGCAGUGGGUGGCAUUCUAUCCGGUGCCCCAAAAUCGCCACCUGGCCUGGGCAGCAGCACCCCGAUCUCGGUGCGAUUUAAUGCCAACGAGGAGUCCCUAGACGACAUCCUGCAGUCCUUCCAUCAGAGCAAGCACAGUCCCAGUGGAGGAGCGAGUGGCGGCGGAGAUGCCUCGCCCACAUCGAAUCUGCUCGGGAUGAAGAACAACGGGCUGGGAUUGGUCGUGGGCAACUGUGACUCCCUCUCCAGCAGUCCAUCGCAGCCACAGAUGCAAGGCGGAUCCGCGUCCCUCUUCGGCAACGACGAAGUUAGUCUGCGCAAUAAUUUCAUGCAAGCCGGUGGUUUCUUCAAUCGAAAAAGUUGCGGUGGCCUGCCGAAUCUCAAUCUCAACAAGCCGCCCCAGCUCCACCAGCAACAGCAACAGCAACAGCAUCAGCAACACCAGCAACAUCAACAUCAGCAGCAGCUCCAGCAGCACCAACAGCAACUGUCGCCGAAUCUGAGUGCCCUGCACCAUCAUCACCAGCAGCAGCAGCAGCUGCGGGAGGGCGGAGGAUCGCAUAGCCCCUCGUCGCCGGGCGGAGGAGGCGGAGGAUCGCCGUACAAUGGCUCUCAGGCGGGCUGCAGCAGCGGCGGCAUCUCGCCCAUUCCUCCCCAGAUGGGCGUGUCGCCCAAGUACCGUCGCAGCAUAUCCUUCCCCAUCAAGGGAAACUCGCCGACAGCUAUCUAUGGCAAUAUGCACAUGGACGGCAUGGGUAGCGGGCACAUGAAUAUACCGACACUUUCGAUUGGAAACGGUGGUGGUGGCGGAUCUAGUGGCAUGGUCUCAGCCGGAGCAACUGGUGGCGGAGAUGCGCCCUAUUUGGGCAACAGCUAUGGCAACAUGAUGACGUCCAAUGGACAAAUGCACCACGGUGGCGGCAUGGAUAACUCACUGUGCGAGUAUAUGCGCAACAUGUCGAUGGGUGGAAAUGGUGGUGGCGAUGGCAGCAACAGCAUGUCUUUAAUGCAGGACAGGAUGCGCGUGAUGGGCGGUCCAAAGCAUCUGAGCGAAGCCGAUGCCAUGGCCAUAGCAGCCAGUGGAAAUGAUCCAUCCGUCUACCUGAAUGCCCUCAAGAUGGGUUCGCCAUCGAGGCUCUCUCCACACUCGCCGCACUCACCCAUCCAGGGCGGAAAUGGAGGAAACGUCGGUGAUGGCACGGCUCGCUUCUCCCGGAAGGUAUUCGUUGGCGGUCUGCCACCGGACAUCGAUGAGGAUGAGAUUACCACUUCGUUCCGGCGCUUUGGGCCAUUGGUCGUCGAUUGGCCACACAAGGCGGAAUCCAAGUCGUAUUUCCCGCCCAAGGGAUAUGCCUUCCUGCUGUUCCAGGACGAGAGCAGUGUGCAGCAGCUGAUUGACUCGUGCAUCACGGAUGAGGACAAGCUGUAUCUAUGCGUUUCUUCGCCGACGAUCAAGGAUAAGGCAGUGCAGAUUCGUCCUUGGCGCCUGGCCGAUGCGGACUAUGUGCUUGAUGCUACCAUGUCACUGGACCCGCGCAAAACGGUGUUCGUGGGCGGCGUGCCACGUCCUCUGAAGGCCUUCGAACUGGCGAUGAUCAUGGAUAGAUUGUACGGUGGAGUAUGCUAUGCUGGAAUUGACACCGAUCCGGAAUUAAAGUAUCCAAAGGGCGCUGGACGUGUGGCCUUUUCGAAUCAGCAGAGCUACAUAGCGGCCAUCUCGGCCAGAUUUGUGCAGCUGCAGCAUGGCGAUAUAGACAAGCGGGUGGAGGUCAAGCCCUAUGUUCUGGACGAUCAGAUGUGCGACGAGUGCGAAGGUCAGCGUUGUGGUGGCAAGUUUGCGCCCUUCUUUUGCGCCAAUGUCACCUGUCUGCAGUACUAUUGCGAACACUGCUGGGCCGUCAUCCAUUCGCGACCUGGACGCGAAUACCACAAGCCGCUGGUCAAGGAGGGAGCCGACCGGCCGCGUGCGGUCCCUUUUCGCUGGUGUUAACGGCGGCGCUGGUAGGCCGCGCUGCACGACGAGAGACGCCAACAGAGGGAGCAACGACACCGGUUGUUGAACGCAGCGCUGGCAGUGCCCAGAAUCAUAACAGAAUCAUCAGGAUCGGGAGGAGGUGCAGAAGGAGCGGGAGUGGCAGCAGUAGAUGCCACUGGCGGAGAUGCAGAUCGAAGGCGAAGAAUCUAGUAGAUAACCAUUAGCGACAACACACGCACCACCUACACUCACUCACACUCACACACAACAGUCGGAUACUACUCUCAUAUGCAAAAGACAACUGCCCGGAGGAAUCACCCAUUCCGAAGGGCAAGGUGCAAUACAACGGGAGCUGGACAAAGGUGUCCCUUGAAUAGCCACCAGAGUCUACAGUUUUAGAGGCGAGAAACGAAAGCCUACAGAAAGCAACAUAGUUUUUAGUUCUUAUUUAUUCGGCAAUCAGUUUUUUUUUUUUGUUUCGCGCUUGAUAGUUUUACAUUUGCGUAACCGAAAUUUUAGUUUUGAUUUUGCGUUUAAUGCCUGCACAGUAUUUUUGUGUACUUUAUAUUUUUAGCAACAUUUAUGAUUGCUAAUAUGUUAUUUAAUCUCACAAAACAAAAAAAGGAGCCCACGUAGUCAGCCAAUUUCCUCGCAAAAGGCCGUUUACAUAUAUUAUAAUCUUUUUGUAACUAGAUAACUUAGUAGCCAUCUUGUAUGCCAAUCGAGGCUAGUCCUAAAAUUAUUAGUGAAGCUGCUCACCCUCUCUCGAAAGGCUUUUUGCUUGAGUGUGCAGGGGCUGUCCUUAAGUUCCUAAAUUGUGACAAAAUCAAAACUACAUCGGUUUUUGUAUUAGCCCUUUCCGAAAUUAGAUCAAUUUAUAAAAUUCUUACAAAAGACUUUAGAAAAGACAAUAUGCAAAAUGUCUGACAUUUGUAUGCUAGCUAUUUCUUACGACACAAUUGGUGUCUGAGUAAGAGAUCGCUUAAUCAUAUCAUAUCUGCAUACAGUUAAUGGGGAUCAAAAAACUAAUAUUGUUAUAAUCCCUAUUUACUUUUGUUUAAACCUUACAUAACACGGUCUUUUAGCAUUCCCACUGAAGAAUCGUAUAUAUUAUCUGUGCAAUAUAUGCGAUUGUUCCAUAUUACAUUACAGGCUACUAAUUCUUGCUUUUCAAACACUUAUAUAAUUAUUGUAUGUAAAAAUCGUACAAAGCUUAUAAAACACACAAAACCAAGCAUCGCCAAUAUGUGGCAAAUGCUUCCCCGUUACAUGCUACUUAUUCCUGCUUAUUUAACUUAUAUAACACUUAUAUAAUUAGAGUAUGUGAAAAUCGUACAAAGCUUAUACACUUACUAAACGAUUCUUAACUUGUUACCACUCCUGCCAAUAGUUGGCUUUCACUACGAUUUUCACACGACUCUGUUUUGUGUUUUGCUGGCACAUAGAAAUCACACUAAUUAAUGAGUUGAAGCCCCACACUCUGCGAAAGGAUUUUCUUUCCUAAUAUCGUUGGCUCAUUUUUAAUUUUAAUCUAGUCUACACUCACACGUACACAGACAACAACAACACAUUUACACUGAAAGUCUGUUUGCAUUUGUUGCCAUUUGGCUUAAUGAAAAAAAAAAAUAAUAAUAAAAAUAUACAUAUAAUUAUAACUAAAAUGUAGAAAAACAGUCAAAUUGCUUGUGUUCAGUAUUAUGAUUUAUUUAUGAUUUUCCACUGAAAUGUCAUAUUUUGUUUAUUUAUUAACCAAUUGUUUUUGUUAUUUAAUUUACGGCGUGUUGCUAACUAAGGGACAGCGGGCUCACCUCCCGAAGAUAUAGAAGAACGUAUAUAUUAUUGCAAAUAUAUAAAUAUAUCUGUAUUGUAAAAAGUAAUUUUUAUAUACGACAUACAUCUAUUAACACUAUGAAUACUUGUAUUAGACAACUUUUUAUAUAGAAACUUUUGUAUAAACUUUUUUUUAUUACUCUUAUGAUUAUUCAGAAGUUAGUUUAGUCCGAACAACUGAAUACAAAAAUAAAACCAAAAACGAAAAGAUAAAUAGACAUGCUAAAACAUCUAAAGAAAAUUUAAAUAUACAACUUAUGUGCAAUACUAUUUCGUGAACGAAUCAAGCGUAUUAUUAAAUACCAAAUAUAUAUGUAUCUGUACAAACAUAACGUAUACAAGAUAAUUGCAAUCGUAUAACCAAAGUAGUCAAAUAUUACCAAAACCCAAUGGUUCCCAAACUUUCAACUAAUUGGCAUGCGUUUUUUGACAUGCGAACAGGGCUUGAAGUUCGCGUUUGGUUACUUCCCCGUGAAUCCUAACUAUAAAAAUCAAAUGGAAUAUCUAUCUAUACCUAGGGCAAUACUUACGGAAAAUUAUCAAAAUGUAAAACGAGCAAAAUUAUUUUGUAAAUUAUACGAGUUAAGGGACGAGACAAAAUUUGCUACGGUGCAUGCAAACAAUACGAUAUUUUUUCUAUUCUAAAAGCAAAAGUACUAAAGAUCUAAUUCGAAUUGAUAAACCAAAAACGUGAGAGGCCAAGUCGCUUUGGACUUCUAUGAUAUAUUAAUAAAUGAUAGUCAAAUCUAUUAGCAAAUUUUUGCUCGCGCUUUCUUUACAAGACAACAAAAAAAGCAAAAACGAAAUUCAAGUCAUGCAAAGUUGUAACUCAAGUUGAUUGCGUGGCACUUUCAAAGAAAAACAAGUUUAUAGCAAUUUUUCUAGAAUUUUUAUAUUACAAUGAACUAAUGAAUAUGUAUCAUAUAUAUAUACUACAUAUAUAUUUUUUAAACCGCAAAACCAAUUAAUUAGAGGACUCGAGGCGUUCGUUUGAUUUGGUUAUAAUUUUUUACUUUUAAAUACUUAACGAAAUAUCGUGUAUUUAAAGCGAAUGAUUCUACACAAAACGAAAACCAAAAAGCCCAAUUAAAUAUUAUAUCAAAUACAGCAGCCUGCUCUAUGUAGUGUUAAAUAAUUUGUGCAAAUAUGUAAGCAAACGCGUUGUUCUAAAACUUUCAAAGUAAUUAAAUGCUAGUCUUUAAAAAGGCAAAAUCUGUUACAAAGCAAACACGGAACGGAAACGGAAAUCGGUUAGCGGUAAACGGCAAUCGGUCAAUGGCUAUCGAUAACUGUGCGUAAUGAUGGUGUUUUUUAAAUGUAGUAAAAUUUAAUAUUUUAUAGAUUUUUAUACUUUUAUAUAACAUAUACUUUAUAUUUUACCUGUUUAACAAAAACUCAAUGAAAAUGUUAAAAGAACUUAAUGUGCUAUAAAGAAGUAACUUAUCAAACAAAUAUUUUACUAUACCAAAAAAGUUGAUAGAGAUGAGAAUUCUUUACGGAAAACCGCUCAAUGUUUUUUCCUGCUAACGACGUAGGAAUCUGGAAUCUUGUGUAGCGUGUUAAAAAAUAUUUAUAUCAAUAAGCAAUCCUUAAUCCUUUUGUUUUGUUUCAUAAUUUAUUUUGUUCCCCGAGUAUUCCAUAAAAAUUAGGCAAAGACAUUUAUGUUAUCCUACUUCUGAGCUUGGAUUACGGAUAUAAGUCGGAUUGACAGCUUUAGUUUUAUAGAGAAUCUUGUUAUAGAUAAAUGUUUAUGUUGACUUUUUUAUAUGGAUCCUGUUGUUAUACCGAUAAUGACAAUGAAAAUUUGUAUGCCUAAUUCUUAAAUAUAUUUUUGUAUCUUUUGUA